CGCAGACACACCACUGCAGCCACGAUCAGUAUUUUCUACGCCAAGAAUUCUUUAGCGUUUGUAAUUUUUUAUUUUUCCUGGUCAUGUCUUACUUCGGACUUCGUACUGAACCUCUACUAUUUCUUGGGAAGGGGUGGACACUCUGGGACCCUAAAUGUAGCUGCUUGCCCACCUCCUGAACUUUCCAAAACGAAACCAGCCCGGCUGGCCACGGGUAGUGCCCUUGUGAUUCGGGUUCUCAAUAAGGUCAUGCAUAGACUUGAUGCGCCGCGCAGGCAGAACCUGCGCGGUUUGCCAUCACUUUCGCGAAUGGUGUUUCGGGUCUCGGAGCUUGUCGCUCUCUAGUAAUAAACAAAAAUACGCUACAACUAUCUUACGAGAAACUGUGACAGUGCUGAAGGCGGGAGAUGAAUCACGCACAUAGAAGAUCUACACAGGCGCCUUGCUAAGCUAGGGGUCGAGGACGUGGCUAGCCCCUCCAAUUCCCAUCUAGACCGAUGGAAAAGAAAAUGAAAAUGAAAAAGAAUAAGGGGCGACGUGUUUUCUUUUUUGGACAAAGCGUUUUUUUCAAAAUGCCAGCUCUCCUUUGUAUCUCCUGCGACUGACUUCUCGUCUCUUUUGUCAUAAGGUAGAAGUAACGGACGAGGAAGAUGCAGGCGCUCAGGAGGACGAAGACACCAAGUUUGAUCCCCUUCGUAUGGGACUGUCAGGAUGGAUGUCGUUAAAAUACAAAUAAUUAAUUUGUCACGCAUAGAAGUAAUACCAGGUGUUGCCCUCCAUGCUCUAAGCGAUGUAUCGCAAAUUUUCUAGACAUGCAGGGCCAAUGAAUCUGUCGAGCUGUUAGCGUUAGGAGCCAAGGCAAGGGCUGUUGUCAUGCUCUUCAGCACCAAUCCCAUCCAUGAGUGAGCCUAGUCAUGCUUAUACUCUGCCUCGCUCAGUUGCCCUCAGAGCAGUACAAACGUUAUUUUGUGUGUGUUGCAUUUCUUUUCAUGCGUAGUUGCAUACAUCCAUUUUCAUUUUGUCGAUUUUCAAUUUGACGCUUCCAUACUUGGGUGGCUAUCGGAUUACCUGCGUCAGUAUGUCGACAAGCCGGGGAAAUACAAAGAACUCUUCAACCAGCGAUUGGCAGACGCACAGCGAGAGCAAAUGGCACAGUCUGCUGGUUCAAUAGCCGGGCCGGGGGCGGCGGGCGGGGCUGCCACCUGAGUAGGAUAGUGCAGCAACGUGGCCGCGGAUCGUCCCCGCUAGUGACUCUAAGUAAAUCACUCAAGCUCCUCGCAAACGAACAUCUCAGCAACGGAAAAAUGUUAUAUAUAGCACUCUCAAGAACUUGAAUUUUCGUCCACACGUUGGUAUUCAAUUGUGCUGUUCUUAUGUUUUUUUUUUUUUGGUGUUGUCGAUUUCAUCUAUUGAUUGCAUCGAGUCGGUUCUGGCUGUCCUCGUCAUGUUGAAAUAGCGCGGCGCAUACUUAAGCACACUAAAGCCUGCCCGUUCUUCACUAUGCUGCAUGAUGAAGACAAGAUUGAUUACAUCCGUGAUGACAAUUCGGUGGCCCAAAGUUUCCAACUAUGAGAUGAUGCAUGAAGACAUGACUUUAUCG